AUUUUAGAUUGGUAGGUUAAGCGCGGAAUGUGUAUUCUAAAUAUUUUUAGAGUACUCUUAUUUACGUAGAUCACGUAUUCUAAACAUUGUAGAUUCAAUGAAAAAAGUAGAUUUUGUUUUCUACUUCGUAGAAUGUCAUUUCUACUUUAUUUAAAACAUAAUUUGAAAUUUAUGAUUUAAAUAUUUUUAGAUUUGAAAAAAAUACCACUAAAUUCAUAUUGGUAUUUUAUCACAAGUUACUAUUUUUCCAAUUUUUUUUUGGUUUGUAAAAUUAUUUAUUAAAUUUAUUUUCAAAAAUAUUAAAGGAAGUUAUGGACAAAAAUGACACAAAAUAGAUAUUAAUCUAAAGGAACAUUGUUAUCAUUUUUUUGCUCUAAAAAAACAAUUUUCUCUUCUUUGGAUUUCUUCCUCAUCAAUUCGUAUAUGUGGAUUUUGGUGAUGUUGUAAUUUUCUUUUGUUCUAGUUUAUCCCAAUUUAAAAAUAGAAACAGUUUUCAUCAUGCUGACAAAGAAAUAGCCUAACAGUUUUAAGAAAAAAUAACAAAAUUAAUUUUAGCGUUUUUAAGAAACCAAAACGCUAACACCAACUGAAAUUAUGUUCACAACACAGAAAUAUUUUUUUUUACCUGUUCCACGAAUUCUAUAUUAACUACUACAGUUUGCUAUUUUUGUUUCCUUUCUAAAAUAGAAAAGCAAAUCGGUGGUUUAUGUUGGCCUUUCUUUCAUUAAAGGCUUUGUCGCCACAACAUUAUCUAUUAAGCAAGCUAUUAGGGCAUUCCCAAGGUUUUUCACCACCAUGACCCGAAGAACAAUGGGGAAGCCUUAUGGCUGCUUCCUUCUCCUCUUCUUAUUUAUCAUUUUCGUCAUUGUACAUUCUGCAGCCGGUCUCACUAAUGAGGAAACUUCGUUUCUCACCAAACGUCAACUUUUGGCUUUGUCAGAAAAUGAAGACCUUUCUGAUGACAUGGAAUAUGAAGUCGAUUUAAACCUCAAGUUUGCUAAUACCCGACUUAAAAGGGCUUAUAUUGCCCUUCAAGCUUGGAAAAAAGCAAUAUACUCUGAUCCCUUUAACACCUCGGCUAACUGGAUCGGUCAAAACGUAUGUUCUUAUAAAGGUGUAUUCUGUGCGCCGGCGCUUGAUGACCAAAGCAUAAUGGUUGUAGCAGGAAUCGAUAUUAACCAUGCAGAUAUAGCCGGGUAUUUACCUCCCGAGCUAGGUCUAUUAACCGAUGUCGCAUUGUUUCACGUCAAUUCUAACAGAUUUUGCGGAGUAAUUCCAAAAAGCUUGUCAAAGCUAACAUUAAUGUAUGAAUUUGACGUGAGCAAUAACCGUUUUGUUGGUUCAUUUCCGAUGGUUGCUCUUUCUUGGCCAUCUUUGAAGUUUCUUGACAUAAGAUACAACGACUUUGAAGGAAAACUUCCAGCAGAUAUCUUCAAUAAGGAUCUUGAUGCUAUUUUCUUGAACAACAAUAGAUUCGAGUCGAUCAUCCCUGAGACAAUUGGGGAAUCGACUGCUUCUGUCGUGACAUUUGCUCAUAAUAAAUUCAGCGGUUGUAUUCCAAAGACCAUCGGGCAUAUGAAGAACCUCAACGAAAUUGUAUUUAUAGGGAACAAGUUGAGUGGUUGUUUCCCAAACGAAAUCGGUUUGCUGAACAAUGUGACAGUAUUUGACGCGAGCAACAAUGAGUUUGUUGGAAGUUUGCCGUUGAGCUUGUCAAGCUUAACCAAUGUGGAACAAAUGGAUUUUUCAUUCAAUAAGCUCACCGGAUUUGUCACAGACGAUGUAUGCAAUUUGCCAAAAUUGUCUAACUUUACAUUUUCUUACAACUUUUUCAAUGGAGAGGCUCAAAGUUGUGUUCCCGGAACAAGUCAAGACAAACAGUUCGAUGAUACAAAUAAUUGCUUACAAAAUAGACCAAAACAGAAGCUUGCUAACGAAUGUUUGCCGGUGAUUACUCGUCCCGUGGAUUGUAGUAAAGACAAGUGUGCUGGUGGUGGUGGUGGAGGAGGUGGCGGAUCUAACCCAUCACCAAAGCCAACACCUAACCCACAAAAAUUGGAAGAGCCAUCUAAACCAAAACCAGAAGAAGCUCCCGAACCACAACAACCUAGUCCAAAACUUGAGACACCAAAAACAUCAGAGCCUUCUAAACCAAAGGAACCUAAGCCAGACGCACCAAAACAGCAAUCUCCUAAACCAGAAUCACCAAAACAUGAGUCACCAAAAUCAGAACAGCCGAACCCCAAACCUGAGUCACCAAAGCAAGAGUCUCCUAAGCAACAACCACCAAAAACAGAGACACCACAAAUGGGGUCACCGCCAGUAAAACCACCAGUAUCAAAUGAUCCGUACGAAGCAUCUCCUAUUAAAAAGCGACGUCCUCAACCACCGUCAACCGAAGAAAUACCAUCAUCACAGUCUCCACCACCUCAUGUAUUUUCACCUCCUCCUCCAGUACAUUCUCCUCCACCACCUCCUGCAUACUCUCCCCCACCACCAGUUUAUCCGCCACCACCUCCAGUGUACUCUCCUCCUCCACCAGUAUACUCUCCCCCACCGCCAGUUCACUCUCCGCCACCGCCUGUCCAUUCUCCGCCACCACCACCACCGGUCCACUCUCCGCCGCCACCAGUCCAUUCACCACCACCGCCAGUCCACUCUCCUCCACCACCAGUCCACUCUCCGCCGCCACCACCAAUUUUCUCUCCACCACCACCUACACCAAUCUACUCUCCACCACCACCACCAGUUCAUUCACCGCCUCCACCAGUCCAUUCUCCACCACCACCACCAGUCCACUCGCCACCGCCUCCAGUUAACUCUCCACCCCCUCCGGUUCACUCCCCACCGCCUCCAGUGCAUUCUCCUCCGCCUCCAGUCCACAGCCCUCCACCGCCAUCACCUGUCUAUUCUCCUCCUCCCCCAGUUUUCUCACCGCCACCAAAACCUACAACAAUUAUAUCACCGGCAACAUCUCCAAUGGCAAAUGCUCCAACACCUUCAUCGGAGACAGACGAAGACUCAUCACCAGUUCAGGCCCCAACCUCAGAAUCUGAGACCGUCGAGGGACCAACAGAAUCAGAUCAAUCACCAGUGUUCAGUUCAAGUCCUACUUUGACUCCAACUCCACUUUCUCAGCCAGAUAUAGCUCCAUUACCGUCUGGUGAACAAGUCGAAGCACCAUCACCAUCAACACAACCACCAGUUACAACUGCACCACCAUCAAAAAAAGAUGAUGACAACGAUAGUUUCAUUCUCCCACCAAACAUUGGAUUUCAAUAUGCGUCACCACCACCACCAAUGUUCCCCGGUUACUAAACCAACCAACCAUUUUUAAUAUUAUUUUGUAUCAAAUUUGUUUCAAAAUAUACAUUCACAAAUUUGUUCACCGUAAUAUGUAAGUAGAUGAUUUUUAUAAGUAACAUUUCCAAAAUGAACUGUAAACAUUUAUGUAACUUUAUGUCUAGCGUAAAUUCAUCACA